UUCCUUUAUCCUGUUCCGAUUUCACAAAUUUCACACAUUUUUCACACAUUCAGUCUCACACACCCCAACCAACGAUUUCAAUGAUGCUCUCUAUUCCUUCUACAGCGAAGCUCUACUCCUGCUCAACUGCACCUAGGGUUUCCUCUUCAAAAUACUCUUACUUCGUUAAAUCUCUCGGAGCUCGGACCCGGACUCGCUCUUCAUGUCUUCUUUUCUGUGCCUCCAACCCCUGGGGAACUGCCGAGAUUCUCCACCACAGGAAGAGCUCCUUGAAUGCUGCGGCUUCCACGCCGGAAGUCGCCUCCAGCUCCGCCUCCGAUCACCACGACGUAUCUCCGCCUCCUCCGUCAUUUCUUGACGCGCGCACCGAACAAGACCUACUUUUGGUGAUACAAAAAGAAGCAGAAGCUGGAAGAUUGCCAAUUAAUAUAGCUCAGGGGAUGACAGAAUUGUAUCACAAUUACCGAGAUGCAGUUUUGGGAAGUGGCCAUCCUAAAGCUGUUGAGCUUGUAAUGUCUAAUAUGGCUAUGGCCUUAGAUCGUAUUUUCUCAGACGUGCAGGACCCAUUUCAGUUCUCACCACAUCACAAUGCCAUUCGGGAGCCAUUUGAUUAUUACACGUUUGGUCAGAAAUAUAUCCGACCUUUAGUGGAUUUCAGAAAUUCAUUUCUUGGGAACAACUCCAUAGUCAAUGAAAUUGAAAAGAAGCUUGAACAGGGUGAGAAUGUUAUUUUAAUGUCUAACCAUCAGACUGAAGCAGAUCCAGCUGUUAUAGCUUUGUUGCUGGAAUCCACUAACUCAUUCAUUGCUGAGAAUCUGAUAUAUGUUGCUGGAGAUAGGGUUAUUACAGAUCCCUUAUGCAAACCCUUUAGUAUGGGCAGGAAUCUUUUAUGUGUGUAUUCCAAAAAACACAUGGGUGAUGAUCCUAAGCUCAUUGACAUGAAGAGAAGAGCAAACACAAAAAGCUUAAAAGAAAUGGCGCUGCUUUUGAGGUCGGGAGCAAAAAUAAUAUGGAUAGCUCCAAGUGGUGGAAGGGACCGCCCAGAUCCUGUUACGAAAGAAUGGCAUCCAGCACCUUUUGAUUCAUCUUCAGUGGACAACAUGAGAAGGCUUGUCGAACAUGCUGGAAUUCCUUGUCAUAUAUACCCCAUGGCUCUAAUGUGCCAUGAACUUAUGCCCCCUCCAUUGGAGGUGGAGAAAGAGAUUGGUGAGCGACGAUUGAUAUCCUUUCAUGGAGUUGGGGUAUCAGUUGCACCGUCAAUCGAUUAUCACAAAAUCUAUUCAGCUUUGGAAGAUCCUGAUGAGGCAAAGUCUACAUACUCGGAGUUGCUAUAUUCAUCUAUCUGCCAACAGUACGAUGUCCUCAAAUCUGCAAUAUAUGGAAAACAAGGUCUCAACGCAUCAAGCCCGGCGGUCCUUCUAACACAACCAUGGCUAUAGUGCACUUUUGAGCCAUUUUUGCUUUUUCUAAAGGUUAGAGAUGUUUUUGACUGGACCACUGACACCAUAGGCCGAUGAGUUGAGCUGGAAAGGAACAAUCUUAUCUCCCUUCUCGUUGAAGAUUGAGAUUAGAUAUUCUAAAAAGUGUCACACGAUCUUGAGUUUUGUACAGUUUGUCGAUUACAAGCAAACAAUAUCCCUGCAUAUUUUUCAUAUAGUAAUUCUUUUUUAUGUGCA